AUGAGGAGCCUCCGCUCUUUGCCUUACCUCCUCUUGCUGCCACUGAGUGCCUGCUUUCCCCUGCUGGACAGAACGGGACCUGCAGACGUCGGUGAUGUCAGAGCCAAGAUGAGCAGGGUCCACCUGCCUGAGGGACGCAGACCCCACUCAGUGCGAGGUCCUUCCCCGUGGCCGAGAGUACCACAGCCACAGGCCUUGCUUGUGGUGGCCAAGGAACUGCAGGCCUCACGCAGGGAACACACCGGCUUCCGCCUAGGGAGGCAGGAUGGCAGCAGCCAGGCUGCAGGGUUCCUGCCUACUGACUCACAGAAGGCCAGCGGCCCCCUGGGGACCCUGGCAGAGGAGCUCAGCAGCUAUAGCAGGAGGAAGGGAGGCUUCAGCUUUCGCUUUGGCCGGUGA